AUUGCAACGUCACAACAACGAGACUUUCAUUCGGGUUUAACUCGAUUUUAUCGACACCACAGCCACCCCAGUUUAUUAAGCCUCAUUCAUCCAUUUGUUUAAAUUUAUCCGAAUUUAUUUACUCAUCUCUGUGAUUCCUGUGAUACGUGGAAGAAUUUUUUUUUCGUUUAGAUUUCUUGUUGAUUCCAUUUUUCGUUGAUUUUUUUUCGUCGUUACACCCCCCCUUUUUGGAAUGGACUCGACCGGACGGGUUUUUGGUGUGUCUACGCCAGUGGCUCCGGGGACCAAUCCGAGAGCUCCUCUUCCGGAUGUCGUUGCGGGAUACAGAGCUCCUCAUUGGCUCUGCUGGGAGCAGUGGUGACGGUUGUUAUCGAGUUGAGGACUUUUUUUUUUUAACAUGUGGUUGAUCGAGUUGGUUAGGAGCCAGUGUUUUUGGAUCAGGGGGUGCUGAUGAGAGGAUGCAAGCUCUGGAGGAGAUUCUACGAUUUCUGGGGGUUGAGGCUAGACUUGAUCUCCAGGCCAUUGCUGUGCAGCAUGUUUUGGCUUUAACUGGAACCCCUGAAGGGAGAGAUUUGAUCCUGAGCUGUCCUGACGUGCUACGUCAGCUGAUACUACUCAUCCAGCUCGAUAAAUCACGAAUAACAAUUUCCAAAGAUGCUACAUUGGCUCUGGUUAAUAUCUCCGGAGACGAGAGUGGAGCAAAGGCGCUGCUACUCAUAUCUGAGACCUCGAAAAUGGAACCUAAUGAAAGUCCUACCGAUGACCUCAUUCACGUGUGCAUCAGUUUCAUUUUAGAUAAAGAGAACUCACUCGCGGAUCCUUGCUGUAUGAUUCUGUCGAACAUAACGAGACCUGCGAGCCACGUGGAUCGAAUCGUUGCACAGAUGGAGAAGGCCAAUUACAGCUGGGACAAAAUAGUUCAUGCAUUUGUAUUUGCCAAGAGUUACAAUACCAAAGGAGCGAGUUUACAUUAUCUAGGACCAGUUCUGAGCAAUCUCAGUCAAUCAGAGACAGUCAGAAGACGAUUAAUGGAUAGGGAUAAUCCGAUCAUCCAGAAGCUCUUGCCUUUCACAGAAUACCAAGACAGCGUCGUGAGACGUGGGGGAGUAGUUGGAACGAUAAAAAAUUGUUGCUUCGACCAUGAGAAUCAUUCUUGGCUCUUGAGUGAGGAUGUAGAUGUCUUACCACAUUUAUUGUUGCCUCUGGCUGGGCCUGAGGAGUUUGACGAUGAAGACAAUGAAAAGUUGCCCCUAGAUCUGCAGUUUUUGUCGGAAACUAAAUCACGAGAAAGUGAUCCUGAUAUCAGAAUAAUGAUUUUGGAAGCUCUUUGUCAAUUGUGCGCAACACGAGAGGCUCGUGAAUUUAUAAGAGCGAAGAAUGCGUAUGUGAUAUUGCGGGAAUACCAUAAAUGGGAGAAGGAUAAAGCUGCCCUUUUAGCUUGUGAAAAUGUUAUUGACAUUUUAAUUAGAACUGAAAACGAGAUAGGGCUGGAGAAUUUGAAGCUCGUGGAUGUACCUGAAGAAUACACUGAUAAAUUUAAAAAAAUGGAUGAAGAUUUUCUUCGAGAUGAUUAAUUUUUAAUUUGAAAUAAAUAUGACAAAAAAUAAUUCAUUAACUCACUCGUCAUUUUAUAAUCCGUACAUUCUAAUUCCGAAUACAGCGAAUGCAAAUAACAGUAAAUACUAAUCCUUACGUAGUCAAUAUUGCACUGCCCCUCAAUUGUAAAAGAAUUCAUUAGAGAUGUCAGGUCUAUCGUAGUUUCAAAAUCAUAAUCGUGAUUUCAUAAUCGUUCGAAAUCGUCAGAGUUUUUGGAAAUCUCACGCUAAUAUUAAAAAUCAAUCGGAAAAAGCUCUAAAAACUAACGGAAUAAAGUGCACGGACAGGAACAUACCGGAAAAAGUACGUGAUUAGUCACGUAAUCCUGGGUUGAACAAUGAUGUAAUUUAUUUUUAUCUAAAAUCGUCAAAAAAAUUUCGUUUGGAUAAGGAAAACGGUACAGUAAAUUUUACGGAAUUGAUUCACAAAUUUUCGUACCCGUGC